UACAAGCUUCAGAUAUUAAUGACGUCACACAGUCUAAACACAGUGUUGUGAAAUUACCUCAGAUUAGUUUGCCACAUUUUGAUGGAAACUAUCAGCAUUGGCUCGAGUUUAGAGACACGUUUGAUUCUCUAAUACACAAGAACACGUUGUUGGACGAUAUAAGUAAAUUCCACUAUCUUAGGUCCUCGUUAAAGGGUGCUGCUGCCUUAAUUAUUAGAAGUUUGGAUUUUAAUUCUGGUAACUAUAGCAUCGCCUGGGAUCUAUUGACGAAGCGGUAUAAUAAUAAUCGUCUUUUGGUAAAUAAUCAUGUUCAAUCUUUAUAUAAUGUCGACCAAAUAGAAAAGGAGUCUAGCAAAGCGGUACGUCAUUUAGUCGAUAGUACCACGAAGAAUCUGAGGGCUUUAACAAUUUUAGGACAACCCACGCAACACUGGGACACCUUAAUUAUUCAUAUAAUGGCUAACAAAUUAGAUACUAAAACUUACAUUCAUUGGGAAGAAUUUAGAAAUACACUAUCCGAGGCACCUACGUUGUCUCAAUUUUUAACAUUUUUAAAUAACAGGGCAGACCUGUUGGAAUCAGUUGAGGACUCUGAAGCUAAUAAAAACAAAACUUCAACCAAUAAAUUAAAUAAACAAAAAAGCUUUGCCGUAACAUCAACUGAUUGCAAUAAUGGUUCAAAUAAAGGUUCGAGCUCAAAUUGUCCUAUGUGCAAACAAAGUCAUGUUUUAUUUAAGUGUGAUAUUUUUCGAAAACUGACUUCAGACGUUCGUAAUCAGAAGGCUAAAGAAUAUAAAGUUUGUCUUAACUGUUUAAACCCGGGCCAUUCCGAAAAUAAAUGUAAAUUGUGGGCUCGGUGCAAGUAUUGUAAGGCAAAACAUAACACACUGUUACACGUGGACAAAGACAGUGAGCCGCCUAUCAGUAAUCAAAUAACAGAUAAUGUUACUUUAACUGCCAAAGCCAUACAGAAUACUACUUCGUCCACCGUAUUGCUUUCCACAGCGAGGGUGAAGGUGCGAGAUAGCAGCGGCCGCAGCCACGCAGCGAGGGUGCUGCUGGACAACGGCAGUACUGCAAACUUUAUAACUGAGGAGUUGUGUGCCGCAGGUACAUUCUGUGAACAUCACUCGAUUGGACCGCUACAAAAGAAUUGAACAUUUACGGCAACACUUUUGGAACCGAUUCAGUCAUGAAUAUGUUGUCAUGUUGCAGCAGAGAACUAGAUGGCAUGCGUCCACAGGCGAACUUAAAGUGAAUCAGUUGGUUCUGAUUAAAGAGAAAACGCAACAACCACUGCAUUGGCUAUUAGGUCGUAUCGUCAAGGUGUUUCCUGGUGCUGAUGGCGUCACGAGAGUAGCGGAAAUUAAAACCAAGAAGGGCAACAUCACAAGGGCUUUCAACAACAUAUGUCCUUUACCUAUUGAAGACGAUGUUUCAACCCGGGCAGGAUGUUCGGAAACGUCUCGGACAUCUCGAUGACGUCGAUGGAGGCGGCACUGGCGGUGGCAUCAGAGGGGGGACAGCGCUGCGCGGGGAUCAACAUAUACGAGGACGAGGAUCGCGGCCCGUUCCUUUCGACUCGAUUAGCUGUGAGCACUGUACGCGUUGCGCGCCGUAUAUUUGUAAAGGCACACCUACCUUCCGUCGAAUAAACCAGUACCUUUAAUCAGCAUCAUCAUUUAUACAGUCCA